AUGAGUGUGGGGUGUGCGGGGCUCCUGCGCUCCGCUCUCGGCCGCCGCUGGGAAAGGACGGACGCACGGCGCUUCUCCCUUCCGCGAGCGAUUCCCGUGCACCUCGUCUCCGCUGAGGAGCGUGCGGAGCGCGCCCGGCUAGCCGCCGGCCUCCAGAAGGUCCCGCUGCUUCCCCCCCGGGCUGGAUAUGUUCAUGUUCACGUGAAGAUGGAUUUAGUGUACGGUCUCGUGUGGCUGCUGACAGUCCUCCUGGAGGGGAUCUCUGGCCAAGGAGUGUACGCUCCCCCCACGGUUCGUAUUGUACAUUCAGGCUUGGCCUGUAACAUUGAAGAGGAGCGCUACUCAGAAAGGGUCUACACUAUACGGGAAGGGGAAACCCUGGAAUUGACCUGUCUAGUCACAGGACAUCCACGUCCACAGAUCAGGUGGACCAAAACAGCAGGAAGUGCCUCUGACAGAUUCCAAGACUCAAGUGUCUUCAACGAGACUUUGAGGAUUACAAAUAUUCAGCGACACCAAGGAGGCCGGUAUUACUGUAAAGCAGAGAAUGGCCUGGGGUCCCCAGCGAUAAAGUCAAUCAGAGUGGAUGUGUACUAUUUGGAUGAUCCAGUAGUAACUGUUCAUCAAAGUAUAGGUGAAGCUAAAGAACAGUUUUAUUAUGAGAGAACAGUGUUCCUCCGGUGUGUUGCCAAUUCCAAUCCACCUGUGCGGUACAGCUGGAGACGUGGCCAGGAGGUAUUACUACAAGGAUCUGAUAAAGGCGUUGAGAUUUAUGAGCCCUUCUUUACCCAGGGUGAAACGAAGAUCUUAAAACUAAAGAAUCUUCGACCGCAGGACUAUGCUAAUUAUAGCUGCAUUGCUUCAGUGAGGAAUGUAUGUAAUAUCCCUGAUAAGAUGGUGUCAUUUAGACUUUCCAAUAAAACAGCGUCUCCGUCAAUUAAACUCUUGGUGGAUGACCCUAUUGUUGUAAAUCCUGGAGAGGCCAUAACAUUAGUAUGUGUCACGACAGGAGGAGAGCCUGUACCCUCCCUCACAUGGGUCAGGUCCUUUGGGACUCUGCCUGAAAAGACUGUUUUGAAUGGAGGAACUUUGACCAUUCCUGCCAUCACCUCAGAAGAUGCUGGCACUUACAGCUGCAUUGCCAAUAAUAACGUGGGAAACCCUGCAAAAAAGUCCACCAACAUCAUUGUGAGAGCAUUAAAAAAAGGACGAUUUUGGAUCACACCAGAUCCUUAUCACAAAGAUGACAACAUCCAGAUUGGGCGUGAGGUGAAAAUAUCUUGCCAAGUAGAAGCUGUUCCUUCUGAGGAGUUAACAUUUAGUUGGUUUAAAAAUGGUCGUCCAUUAAGAAGUUCUGAGCGGAUGGUUAUUACGCAGACUGAUCCGGAUGUCUCCCCGGGAACGACCAACUUGGACAUCAUUGAUUUAAAAUUCACGGAUUUUGGGACAUACACAUGUGUGGCAUCUCUGAAGGGAGGCGGAAUAUCUGAUAUCAGUAUUGAUGUUAAUAUAUCCAGCAGCACAGUUCCACCCAAUCUGACUGUUCCACAGGAAAAAUCACCUUUGGUCACCAGAGAAGGAGACACAAUAGAACUGCAGUGUCAAGUAACUGGAAAACCUAAACCCAUCAUCCUCUGGUCUAGAGCGGAUAAAGAAGUCGCAAUGCCUGACGGGAAUAUGCAAAUGGAGAGUUAUGAUGGAACCCUGAGGAUUGUGAAUGUAUCUAGGGAGAUGUCAGGGAUGUACCGAUGUCAGACCAGCCAGUAUAAUGGAUUUAACGUGAAACCCAGAGAAGCCUUGGUGCAGCUCAUCGUGCAGUAUCCUCCUGCUGUGGAACCGGCAUUUCUGGAAAUCCGGCAAGGGCAAGACCGAAGUGUCACUAUGAGCUGCAGGGUCCUAAGAGCCUAUCCAAUACGGGUGCUGACCUAUGAGUGGCGCUUGGGCAACAAAUUAUUGCGGACGGGUCAGUUUGAUUCUCAAGAAUACACAGAAUACCCAGUGAAGAGUCUUUCCAAUGAAAACUAUGGGGUUUAUAAUUGUAGCAUCAUAAAUGAAGCUGGAGCAGGGAGAUGCAGCUUUCUUGUUACAGGAAAGGCCUAUGCUCCAGAAUUCUAUUACGAUACCUACAAUCCUGUGUGGCAGAACAGACACCGCGUUUACUCCUACAGUCUACAGUGGACUCAAAUGAAUCCUGAUGCAGUGGAUCGGAUUGUUGCAUACCGGUUGGGUAUUAGGCAGGCUGGACAGCAACGAUGGUGGGAACAAGAGAUUAAAAUAAAUGGGAAUAUCCAAAAGGGAGAAUUAAUUACAUAUAACUUGACUGAGUUAAUUAAACCAGAGGCUUAUGAAGUUCGACUGACUCCUCUCACCAAAUUUGGCGAAGGAGAUUCAACAAUUCGUGUCAUCAAAUAUAGUGCUCCUGUUAAUCCUCAUUUGAGAGAAUUUCACUGUGGAUUUGAAGAUGGUAACAUUUGUUUGUUUACCCAAGAUGAUACAGACAAUUUUGACUGGACAAAACAAAGUACUGCAACAAGAAAUACAAAAUAUACUCCAAACACUGGACCUAAUGCUGAUCGUAGUGGCUCCAAAGAAGGUUUUUAUAUGUACAUUGAGACAUCUCGACCCAGAUUAGAAGGAGAAAAGGCUCGACUUCUCAGCCCUGUUUUCAGCAUAGCUCCCAAAAACCCUUAUGGACCCACGAACACUGCGUACUGUUUCAGUUUCUUUUAUCACAUGUACGGACAGCAUAUAGGUGUUUUAAAUGUCUAUCUACGUUUGAAAGGACAGACAACCAUAGAGAAUCCACUGUGGUCUUCAAGUGGGAACAAAGGACAACGAUGGAAUGAGGCACAUGUUAAUAUAUAUCCAAUUACUUCAUUUCAGCUCAUUUUUGAAGGUAUUCGAGGUCCUGGCAUAGAAGGUGACAUUGCCAUUGAUGAUGUAUCAAUUGCAGAAGGAGAAUGUGCAAAACAAGACCUAACGACUAAGAAUUCCGUUGAUGGUGCUGUUGGAAUUUUAAUACAUAUAUGGCUUUUUCCGGUUAUCGUCCUCAUCUCUAUCUUAAGUCCUCGAAGGUGACCUUACCCUGGCAGAGGCUAUAAAAGAUUCACCAGGCACUAGCAUGAAGAAAGAGUCUUUGUAAAUGGACACUGAAAAAACAAACUACCAAAGAUUCCUCCACUGACUACUGACUCAAAAAUAAAAUAAUAAAAACAAAUUUUUUUAAGCACUGGGGAUAAAAAGACAUCAUGGAAAUAUAACUUA